UAACGUUGUCAUCAUUAUCAAGUGGUUCAUUGAGCCUAGUAGGCACUCCAUGCGACAGGUGAGAUCAACACACCAUCUAAGGCAGCUUCACGGAAAAUGGACAGCGACUAUCGGCGAGAACUCGGGACGAUGCGGUGGAAAGUCUUGCUGUGCUUUUUUUUAACGUUCGUCGGUGACGGACUUGUUGAUGGACUGCAGAAGCGAUCCGACGACGUGAAUCCCCUGCAACAAGUGGUGCAGCAACAAUCGUUGAUCAUCCAGCAACAAGCAGCAAAACUGACGGCACUGCAGAACGCAUUCAAUGAACUGAGGGUAGAGCUGAUAACAGAGCUGAGGGCAAGAGCUGAAAAGGCUGUGGCUUUCACUGUGUAUUCCUCCAAAACUAUGGUCACGGCCGUGGACAACGGGAUCUUCGUGUUUGAUGCGGCUAUAUCAAACAUCGGCGGUGGCUACGAUACCCAGACUGGCAUCUUCACCGCCCCAUUUUCGGGGAACUACUUUUUUCUGCUCAGCAUCAUGGUACCUGACUACAACAACUUCACCCAGGUUGCCGUUGAGAAAUACCAGACGUUGUUAGCAGUGACAUAUGGCAACAGCUUUAAUGGGGAUGCCCUGGACACAGCCAUGUGUCACGUAACUGUUCACCUGAGCUCAGGUGAGAAGGUCUGGGUGCGCCAUAACGCCGGGCUGCCAAGUCUCUUUGGCGACAGGUGGACAACUUUCUCUGGGACUAUGGUCCAUGCUGAUUAAAUACCUGACCCAAUGACAGCUUCAAAACAGUAGUUGAUUAUCUGUUUUUAAAAGUCUUUGAUAUUGCUUAGUUGCAUCAUUUGCUUGUGCUGUUCUCACUAUAAGGUAAUAAAUAUUACCUAGAACCAGAUUCUGGUCAUGUCAUUAUUACAUUUACAUUUUUUGGUUAUUAUUUUGAUACAACUCUCAUAAAAGUCAACGAUUUUCUGCUACGUUUGGAAGGGCUCAUUGCAUAUACAUGUAGGUUGUUAAGGUCUUCAUGGUAUGCAACCCCAAACCUUAAUGGUGGUGGGGGAUGUUUAAAUAUAUGCACUAUGUGAUGUCAGGGAGUUAGGGUUAGACAUCUAAUACUUUAUGCAAUUCCAAACCCUUUUUUCCAGUUUCCUGAAAAGUGACAGGGUGUUGUUCAUCUUUUGAUAUUUAUUUUGAGAAUAAAGAACUGGAGCUUAAAAGAGAACCAAA